CCCGGGGGGAUCGCGCUGCGGGGCUGCCCGCUUUUGGGGAGGGGCCAAGGUCUCCCCCGCUGGGGCAGUCCGCGGUGGAGAGCGGGUUUCGCACUCUUCGGGACGAGAGAGAAAGAAGGAGGGAGGCGGGGGCGCCUCGCCCCGCUGCGCUCCGCCCGGCGUCCCGCGUUGCUCGGCGGCGCUUGCCCCGCCGCCAAGUUGCCACAAGUUGGAGCCGCCCCCUCGCCACUGCCGCCGCCGGGUUCUGGCCUCGGCGUGAAACAAUACCGCGGGCUGCGGAGAAGGAGGAGGGGGGGGGGGCGGGAGCGGGAGCGGCCCUCUGGCCGCCGAUGGGGCUGGGCUGGACGGCGCGGCGGGGCGGUUAGGUGUCUCCGCGGACUGCCGCCGCCUGGCGCUCAGCGGGAAGUGGCCGGCAGAGGCGGGCGAGCCCCGGCCGCGACGGGCGCCGCUGGCGGCGCGGGUGCUGCAUGGAGGACGUGGGGCUGCGGAGCGGACGGGAGCGGCUGGCUGGCGGCGACCCGCGGCUCGGCGCCGUGCUGGUGGAGCCGGGGCCGGUGGUGGUGAUGGUGGAGCAGCGGGCAGCGGAGGGCUACAAGCUGGUGGAGGUGCAGCUGAGCGGCGGGGCUCCCUGGGGCUUCACUCUGAAGGGCGGACGGGAGCACGGGGAACCCCUCAUCAUCACCAAGAUUGAAGAUGGAAGCAAAGCUGCAGCUGUGGACAAGUUACUGGCUGGGGAUGAAAUUGUUGGCAUCAAUGAUGUGGGCCUCUCUGGCUUCCGACAAGAAGCAAUCUGCCUGGUGAAAGGUUCACACAAGACACUGAAGCUUGUAGUAAAAAGGAGAAAUGACCUAGCCUGCAGGCCUCACUCCUGGCACGCAACCAAAUUUACAGAAAGUCAACCCGAGACAGCCACGUCACACCUUUCCUCCUCCAAUGCCUGCGCUUCCUGGCACUCGCGCUACCAUGCAAGUUGUUCUUCUCAUGACCUGUCAAACUCAUGGGAUCAGUCAAGUCUACAUCGCACUUCUGACCAGUUCAGCAGUUUGGGAAGUAUGGACAGCUGGGACCACACUCCACAAGUAGCCCAGUACGGAAGACUUUCUUCUGCAAGGUCUAAUAGUAGCAUUGAUCAUCUAGGGAGCCAAAGUAAGCGGGAUUCAGCCUACGGGUCUUUCUCCACAAGUUCUAGCACCCCUGACCACACUCUAUCCAACGCAGACACUUCUUCAACAGAGAACAUGCUAUAUAAAGUAGGCCACUGGGAGACUUCUAAGCAUGGAAACAAGUCAGGCCAGUUCUUGAGUGACAGCAGUGGAAUAGAGGACAAACCUGGGUAUUUGCCAGCUCCUGUCCAAUAUGAAAACAAUAGAAGUCCUAGAAUAGAGGAACACUCCGAUGCCAAGCUCACCAGCUCUGGAAGAUCCAGUUUUGGACCUGUGUGGUAUGUUCCUGAUAAGAAGAAGUCUUCAUCUCCUCCCCCGCCACCUCCACCGCUUCGUAGUGACAGCUUUGCUGCUACGAAAGGCCAUGAGAAAGCCCAUGGCCCUGUGUACUCAGAGGGUGCCAGCACGCAGCACUUUACAGCCCUGAAUCGAUCUCAGCCCAGGAGUGACUGGAGCUUGGAAACUGUGGAGCAGCAGCGGCGGCCCUCCAGGGCAUGUGACAGGAGGGUCAGCAGCUCAAAUUAUAAAUCCGAUCUCAAUUCAGAACACACUUUUUCUUCAACUGGUGAAAGGUACAGUAGUAACGCAGGAACUGUGAACAAACUGCAGUCGUCCUUGUCCAGCACUGAUGUUCGGUUUGCACAGCCUACCUACAGUUACCACCACCAGCACCAGUACAGUGAUGAAAGCACUUUUUUUCACAAUGCAAGAAUCUUAGCUGCGCCUAAAGAUCAGCAACAUUAUCUGUCCUAUAGUGGCAUUCAGGAGUUACCUACAGAUCAUUUUCAUGGCUACAGUCCAAACCCAGCCAGUCACCUCAACGCUUCCUCUUCUUUGAACAGUUCUGCUGAACAGAAGAUGGACAACACUGGACAGAGUCGCUAUUACUGCGUGACGGUAAAACAGCCUGCUCAGGGAAGCUCAAAGCCACAACAACUCAAGGAUGACAGCUGGAAACCUGGAGUGGGGACUGAUCCAUCUCUCGGAUCUCAAGAAAAUCUUGCAGUUGUCACAAUGGUCCAAAAACCAAAAUACUAUCUACCUCAACAAUCUGUUGAAUCUUCACUGAAAGGGUGUGAGAGCAGCAGUCAUCACCCAUUGGACAGAGAGGGGGAUGCUAGGUGUGCUGUAGUAGAAGAGGCUAGAAAACCCAAUCACACUGAAAAGUCUGGACAAAAGAAAAACUUUGAGAACAGCUCUGAGGAAAGUGAAACCAGGUAUGGUCAACAGGAGUAUGUAAAGGGCUGUGUCCUUACCACUGAAAACAGAUCUGCUCAGAAAGAUUUUAGGUGGGGGAAAGAUGAGAGUAGCAAGAUUUCUCCUCAGAAGACCCCAAUGCUGCACUCUUUAGCUCAGGAAGGGAAAAAGCAGUCUAACAACAGCUCAGAAGUGGUAACAGAGCGGCAGGCCCCAUUUGACACUCACUUGUCUAAACAGGCACGAAGAAGUGAUCGUUUUGCAACAACCCUGAGAAACGAGAUCCAAAUGAGAAGAGCAAAGCUGCAGAAGAGUAGAAGCACUGCUACGUUAGUAGGGUCACCUGAAACAGAGGAGUGCAAAGAGACCUGGAAGCCAGAUUCAGCAGAAAAUGUCACUGCCUCCCCAGACACUAACUUUACCACCACCUACAAAGAUCACCUCAAGGAAGCCCAGGCCAGGGUUCUGAGGGCGACAUCCUUCAAACGGCGGGACUUGGAGCCCAGCCCUGCUGAAUAUCUCCCCAGGUCACCCGAGCGGAAAACUGGUAGUUACAACUCUUCGUUAUCUUUGGUUUCUGAAGAUGUGUCUGGAUUCCUUGAGGCUACACAAGGUAAACCGAACCCCACAGGGAGCGGCACUCAUCACGUUUCUCGCAUCGGAGCCAGGAAGAGGUUCACAACAGAGCAAAAAAUGAAGUCUUACUCUGAACCAGAGAAGAUGAAUGAGGUGGGGAUUACAGAGGGUGAGUGCCGUGCUCACUGCUGUCCAAAUCCAUCUGAAGAAGCCCUAGGCUCAUUUGCAGACAGGUGGAAAUUUUUUGAAGAAACAAGUAAGCCUGCACAAAGGAGACCACCACAGAAACCAGCUCCCUACAGUCUAGCUGAGGGACAGCCUGAGAGGCCAGAUAGGAAAGUUCACAGUGGACAGGAGGGAGAGGACUCAUGGUAUGAGAGAAGAGGUCGGGCAGCCUCUCUUGGACUAGAAACUGCACAUGCUUCAAAAGAUAACGUCCACCAUAGUAGCAGCAGUAAGGCUGCUGAUAGGAUUGUGAAAUCUGAGCAGCCGCAGCGCCUGGGAACCUUUGCAGAGUAUCAGGCGUCAUGGAAGGAGCAGCGGAAGCCUAUAGAGCCGCGGAACUCAGGGAGGUACCAUUCAGCCGAUAAUAUCCUUGAUGCAGGCCACGAACAACAUGAGAAGCCCCAGUACACCCACGAGAGGUCUAGAUCAUCCCCCUCUACUGAUUUCUACAAACAGGAAGUCUCAGUUGAAGUAAGGAGGCAAGCAGAGGAUUUAAAGGAGGAUGGGGAGCGUAUUUUCUCUAAAGUUAACAAUCUGGAUGAAAGGAACUGCACUGUAAGGCAAGCUGACACAGGGGCCUUGCGGGAAAACCCACGGGAGAAGAGGGAUCAGCUGGACCAGAAUUUAGGCCUCAAGUGGAAAGCAUCUGUCAGACCUUUGCAUGCGCAAGAGCCUGCGGUUCUGCCUCACGAGAGUCGGGGGAGGUCUGGGACAUUGCCUAGUGAUUACCGAUACUCUCAGGAAAACGCGAACGAGAAGAGCAGGGAUCGUAGCCUGCCUCAUCUCCCCUGCUCUGAGCCACAGACCUUGAACGAGAACCACUCCUCUCUGUCCCAGGGCAAAGGAGACGAAAACCAUAGGGUAGAGCCGGUGCUGCUGAACAAGAAGCGUGGACCUGCUCCUCAGAGGCCACCACCACCUAAAAGAGAUAAAUACAGGCGACCAGAUAAUCCUGCACCGUCACUCGGCACAUCUUUUGAAUCUCUGCUAGUAGCGCCGAGCCGGCCCUUUCCAUCCUCGUCCCCCAGCUCCGCCGAAGUAUUUGCCAGCCACUCCUCUCUCUGUCAGAGUCCUGCAACUUUCAAUGGAAAAUUGAAGAGUGCUAAUCCACAGCAGCUCCGGCAAGCGUCAUCCACAGAGAAUGUUUGUCAGCACUUAGAAGAAAAAACGCACCUUAAGUCCGAGUCUGUAUUACCUUUCAAGUAUCGGUAUCUUCAAAAACCUGGCAUGGAGACAUCAAGGUCCCCUUCUCCUCAGUUUGCACCACAGAAGCUCACUGAUAAACCUCCUGUGUCUGUACAGGAUGAGAACCCAGCCAGAAUUGAAAGGGUUAUAGACAACAAUACUACGGUGAAAAUGGUUCCCAUCAAGAUAGUUCAUUCUGAGAGCAGCGCAGAGAAGGAGAGUCGGCAAAGUCUUGUCAGUACCAUGGAGCCUCCUGCUUUACCCAGUGGUUUGGAAAAGGACCAAAUUAAAACACUCAGCACUUCUGAGCAAUCCUAUUCACGAUUCUGUGCUUACACCAGGCAAGGUGUAGAGCCAGAGCCAGAAGCCAGAACCAAACCAGUUGACCCUCAACCAGCUGAAGAACCUGGGAGCAACUUGAAGGACAGCAGUGCUGCCACACCAGCAGUCAGCUAUGUAAAGGCCAAAGAGAAGACCUUUGAAGACUGGAAGUCAGAGGAGCUAGCCAGAGAGAUUGUGGGAAGAGAUAAAUCUCUAGCAGACAUACUAGAUCCUAAUGUGAAAAUAAAAACAACAAUGGAUCUGAUGGUUGGUAUAUUCCCUAAAGAUGAACACCUCCUAGAAGAAGCUCAACAGCGCAGGAAGCUCCUGCCAAAAGUUCCUUCUCCAAAAAUUUCAGAGGAGAAGAAAGAGGAGCAGAGCGUACCGUCUGCCAUCUCCCUGACGACCAGUUCUACUUACUACAGCACAUCUGCACCAAAGGCAGAGCUGCUGAUUAAAAUGAAGGACAUGCAGGAGCAGCAGCAGCAGAGUGAGGAAGAUUCUGAAGAUGAGCUGGAUCAUGACUUGUCAGAAAAGAAGCAAGAACUUAUUGACAGCAUUAGUAGGAAGCUGCAGGUGCUGAGGGAAGCACGGGAGACACUUCUGGAAGACAUCCAAGCAAACAAUAUACUGGGGGAGGAGGUAGAGGCCAUUGUGAAAGAAGUCUGCAAACCAAAUGAGUUCGACAAAUUCAAGAUGUUUAUUGGCGACCUUGACAAAGUGGUCAACCUCCUGCUGUCACUGUCAGGUCGUCUGGCCCGGGUGGAAAAUGCCCUCAAUAACCUGGAUGAAAAUACCUCUGCGGAAGAACGGCGGACACUGGUAGAGAAGCAGAAGCUGCUGACCCAGCAACAUGAAGAUGCAAAGGAACUGAAGGAGAACCUGGAUCGUCGAGAGCGCAUUGUCUUUGACAUUUUGGCAAACUACUUGAGUGAGGAGAACUUAGCAGACUAUGAGCACUUUGUAAAAAUGAAGUCAGCCCUCAUCAUUGAGCAGCGAGAGCUUGAGGACAAGAUCAAGCUGGGGGAAGAGCAGCUGAAGUGUCUGACUGAUAGCCUCCAACCUGAACGGCUCAAAUAAGAGGACUGAGUUUGACCAAGGAUGUGAAAAAUGAGAAGAAGAAGGAAGGGAUGGGGGACUUUCCAAGGAUACAAAUUAGUAUCUUGGCUUGUCUGAGUGUCCAGUAGAGAAACAAGUGCACAAGAGAAUGAUAGCUCCCGCAACAGCAAUAAUGCUCUCUUUCAUUUUUUUGGGAUGAUAUAUUUAAUUUUUUAGAACACAUUUUUAUUGCUGGACUCUACAGCUGUUUCUCAUUGCUUAACUUACAGAAGGCUCCACAGGAAAGGAUAGACUCUUAACCUUUCUGCUUAGUAAGUUGAAAGUCUGUGGCAGUUGUGCAUGCAAACAAUGUUUUUAGAAUAGGGUGUAUACUUUCUUUAUGUUGUACAGGCUGCUGGGAAACCCAACAGCAAUGUAUGAAUGCACACAAAUUUAGAAGUUCUAAAUUGAGUGGCUUUUUAUUUUUGUUUUUUAAAGACACAUUGAAUAGGGGAAGCGUGCAUCUUAUAGCUAAUAUAUUCAGAUUGCUGAAAUGUAGUGUCACUCUGAUCCUGUGGCAUCAGACACUUUUUUGUAAUAUUGUAUAUAGGAUGGCACUUUCCCCUUGCAGAAAAUAAUUUUAAAAUCAGUCUCAGUUAAACACUUCUUAAACCAGCUUGCAAAUCACCUAAUGGCUGCCUUGCUGCACAUUUUUGUAAACAUUAUUUUGCAAAACAUAUUUGUACACCUUCUUACUGCAAUGCAAGUGAUUUUCUUUACCGGGUUGUAGUUGAUUUAAGAAACAGGCUGGAAGUACUGUGCUGAUUUUGUUCAAAACAUUUCUUAUCUAAAUUAUUUAGAAGGCUCACUUGCUCUUUCUUGUGCUUUUUAUGCAUGUGUUUAUUCUUCUUCCCCCAAACCCACUACACUUUAUGAAAAUAAAUGUAGGCUAAGGACAGUGCUUCUCUUUUUCUUCUGAUUGCUCAAAAUUGUGAUGGUUUUAUAUAGCCAGUUAAGUUAUAUUGUGGUUGACCUACAUAAUGUUGUUCAUUCUUUCCACAUCCUCAGACUACCAAAUGCAAUAUAAACACUUCUGCCAUGUAAAUACCAUGCACUACUCAGAGCAGUUCUGCUUUGUAACUGUGAACAUAAGUGGGGUUUGUUUGUUGUUUGUUUCCAUUGCACAAUGAUAAACGAGACAAUGCUAGUUCACAGUAUCAGAUUACUGGUUGUGUUCUCUAUUACUGCCAUUGACUUAUAACAGAUCAUUUCCAGUAGCUCUAAACAGGGGUGCUAACUCAUGAUUUAGCGUGGUAAUAGGUUGCGCUGAGUUGCUCAGAUACCUACGGAGAAAUUCUGUAGUGUCUAAAUGUCAAGUUCUAUGUUAAGAUAAAGUUUUGCAGGCAAAGAAAAGUCUUAGCUGACUUUGUGUAUAUGCCAUUUCCAUUGUAGAACGGAAAAUGUUUCUCUCUCCACAGACAAACAGGUUGCCCAACAAGAAGCCAUUUUCAAGGCUAAUGUGAAUGCCAGUCUGUAGCUAAGCAGGUUGAAAAUAGACAUAGUUAGGUGGUGAAAAGAGAGAGAAAAGAAUUCUUCCCAUUAUUCCUGAAGUGGCAGCGUUCACUAAAAGGUUUUCUGUAGUUCUUACCCCACUCCUCUCUUGUGAGGAGAGAACCGGAGAGACGCUGAGCAGCAAAUUCCUUGUGAGUUGGGAAAUUGGGGAGCAAAAAUCUUCUGAAACCUGUUCGUGUUCAGACAGGUGCAAUGUUAAAAGGACUGUUGCCCCCCUUAUAGUGCACUACUUUGUAUACCUGGACCAAAUCUUUAAUGAAAUGAUGUUGAUGUGUAUCGGUUGAGGUCAGAUGGAGCUACCAUUUUACAAGGCCUGCAGCUGACCUUAGUUUCUUCCUCCUAGUUCAGAAAUGUAGUCUUCUGGCAUCUCACAGUUAUAUGCUGCUAUGUUCCUAGGACAAGUGAUCCCUUUGUCCUUAAACUUAUCCCUUAACCAUAACAAACCCAAAACUAAACAAUUCCCAAAUAAAUUAUGCUUGUCUUUUAGCUUGGAGAAAAGUGUGCAUUGUUUUAUCUGUGGCAUUUUAAAAAAUUUUACAUAUUGUGGUUACUCUGAAAUGUGUAUGUGAAAUGUGAAUAAUAAUAUAAUUACCAUGUGUUUGUAUACAGUACUUUGAUUUAGAUCUUUCUGAUAAAAGGUAGCAAUAUUGUGAAAGCUAUAUAUAUAUAUUAUUCUUCUCACAGAACAGUUGAGUAGACACCAUUCUCUCCUUUCUUUUUUAAAACUGUUGAAAAUCUCUCACGCUGUGAACCUGAAGAUGGUUGCCUCCCAAUGUUAUAUGUAAAUCUGUAAAUAGCUAUACUGUUGCUUCUUGAAAAAAUCUGGUGCUAUGUUUUGCCUUUGACAUCCUGGGGAUGGCUGUUUCUUCACACUGUUGUUCUCAACUCUACAUCCCUUUGUAUAGUGAAAGGUUUCCACAAUGUUUCUCCAGCUGUUUGGAUCCUGCAGCCCAGAGUGAAAAUGUUACAGUUUUCCUGCCUGACACUUAAACACUCACCUACUGACAAAUGGUAUUGUUUGACUUUGAGAAAAUAAACUGUAUAUUUCAAUGUA